CCGAGAGCCGAUUCCCGGCUGGCCAGCCCGCCCAGCAGCUACAGUUUUGCCGGAGGACGCUGCCUUCUUGCUGGAGAGGGAGAAAAAGCAGAAGCGCGAAGCGGAGGCGCUGCCUCCCCAGCCCCUCCUCGAGACCAUGCCCUUCGCCCCAGCCAAAGUAGCCACCCGGCUGAGCCAAGGAAUCACCGCCAAAAGGGCAGCCGUGGCACUGUUGCUGGCAGCCUAUGGGGCCAGGAAGCUGUACCCCAUCCUGCGGAGGCAGUGGGCUGCCUCGGUCCUCCAGGUGGAUGCAGAGACCGCCAGCCCCAGGGAGUCAAAUGCAAAGUGGGGGGAACUCGAGGUGGACGGUGCAUCAUCAUCAUCAUCACCCCCUGGGGUGAACAAGGUGUUUUUCCUCCGUCUCCUGCGGCUCCUGAGGUUGCUGUUCCCGGGGCCACUCUGCCGGCAGACAGGACUCCUGGCCUUGCAUUCAGCUGCCCUUGCUAGCCGCACCUUCCUCUCGGUUUAUGUGGCCCAGCUGGACGGGCGCUUGGCCCGCUCCAUUGUCCGUAAGAACCCACGGGACUUUGCGUGGCAGCUUCUCCAGUGGCUCCUCAUUGCCCUGCCGGCUACUUUUGUCAACAGUGCCAUUCGGUACCUGGAAGGACAACUGAGCCUGGCCUUCCGGGGAUGCUUAGUGGACCAUGCCUACCGGCUCUACUUUGAGGGUCAAACCUACUACCGGGUCAGCAACAUGGAUGGGCGGUUGCGUAACCCGGACCAGUCGCUCACCGAAGAUUUGGUGGCCUUCGCUAAUGCCGUGGCCCACCUCUACUCAAACUUGACCAAGCCUGUCCUUGAUCUCAUUGUGACUUCCUAUACCUUGGUCAGUUCCGCGAGAUCCAAGGGGGCUGACACAGCCUGGCCCUCACUUAUUGCUGGUUUGGUGGUCUGCAUCACUGCCAAGGUGCUACGUGCCUGUUCGCCAAAGUUUGGCCAACUGGUGGCCGAGGAAGCACGCCAGAAAGGAGAGCUGCGCUACAUGCAUUCUCGGGUGGUGGCCAAUUCCGAAGAGAUUGCCUUCUACGGUGGGCAUAAGGUGGAGCUGUCCCUUCUGCGGCAUUGUUAUCAUCAGCUGGCCUCUAAAAUCAAUGUGCUGCUUCUGGAGAGACUCUGGUAUGUGAUGCUGGAACAGUUCCUUAUGAAGUAUGUGUGGAGUGCUGCUGGGCUAGUCAUGGUGGCCGUACCGAUCAUCACUGCUACUGGCUACUCUGAAACAGAUUCAGAGGCAGUGAAACAAGCGGCGCUGGAAAUGGACGAGCAAGAAUUGGUAAGCUUGAGGACCGAGGCUUUUACCACAGCACGGAGUCUCUUGGCUGCAGGAGCUGAUGCCACAGAGAGGGUCAUCUCUUCCUACAAAGAGGCAACUGAACUAGCAGGCUACACGGCUCGUGUGUAUGAGAUGUUCCAGGUCUUUGAGGAUGUGAAAUGCUGCAACUUCCGACGCCCCGGAGAGCUUGAUGAAGGCCAAGCUCAGGCUGGGACAGUUAUGAAACAUGGUAUGCGUGUCGAGGGCUCACUCCAGAUCCAAGGACAUGUGAUUGAUGUUGAUCAUGGGAUUGUCUGCGAAAACAUCCCCAUCAUCACUCCCACCGGGGAUGUGGUAGUCACCAGCCUCAAUAUCCGAGUAGAUGAAGGCAUGCACCUCCUGAUCACUGGGCCAAAUGGCUGUGGGAAGAGUUCCCUUUUCCGGAUCUUGGGUGGGCUUUGGCCAACCUACAAUGGCACCCUCUACAAACCACCUCCUCAUCGAAUGUUUUACAUUCCACAAAGACCAUACAUGUCUGUGGGCACCCUGAGAGACCAGGUGAUUUACCCAGAUACAGCCAAGGACAUGGGACGGAAAGGACAUACCGAUUCUGACCUGGAGCGGAUCCUGGACAUCGUCAACCUCAAUUAUAUUGUACAGCGUGAAGGAGGUUGGGAAGCUAUCAACGAUUGGAAGGAUGUACUUUCAGGUGGCGAGAAACAGAGAAUGGGGAUGGCCCGGAUGUUCUAUCACAGGCCAAAGUACGCUCUCCUGGAUGAAUGCACCAGUGCCGUCAGUAUUGAUGUAGAAGGCAAGAUCUUCCAAGCAGCAAAGGAUGCAGGAAUAGCGUUGCUGUCCAUCACACACCGACCUUCAUUAUGGAAGUACCAUACCCACCUCCUCCAGUUUGAUGGGGAGGGUGGCUGGCGGUUUGAGAAGCUGGACCCUGAAGCCCGCCUCACGCUGCGGGAGGAGAAGCAGCGCCUGGAGCAGCAGCUGGCUGGGGUCCCUGAAAUGCAGCAACGUCUCAGUGAACUCUGUCAGAUAUUAGGUGAAGAUGCACCUUCUCCAGUGGGAUAGGUUGGUGAUUCUGGGUGCCUUCCAAUCUCCCUUCCCUGCUGGCUUGAUGAGAAGGAUCCUAACCGCGACACUCUAGCCUCUGGAGCUGCACAAGAUGGCCAGUUUUUGUCCCAGCCACCUAAGAAGCAGUUGAGGAUACCCUGCAGGGGGGGCAUUACUUAUUUCUGGCACUUAUUAAUUUAUUCUUCUGCUUUAGUUUAGGUCUGGGGGAAGAAAGGGGUUGCCCCACACUGCCAAUAUCUCUGAAGCCAGCCCUUUCCAUCCCCCACAUGCACAUGGUGCCUCAAUACCCCCUAGAUAAUACAAGUUCUUCACUAGUGGGAAUUGCACAGCUCCACUGCCAGUCUCGAGCCUCUGUACCCACGGACUUUGGGGAGUAACGUCUCAGCUGCUGCCCCCCUCACCAACACAGAAACUUCAGACCAAACCAAUCACAGCCUUUCUUCGCCGAAACAUAGAGCACGCGUGAAAACUGUGAAAGGAGCUCUUGCCAGCCUCUUUCUUUGCACAGCUAGGCUGCAACAUUUGGCUCCGCUGGCAGAUUUCUGGUACCCAAAUUGAGGGAUGUCUGCUCCUCCUUUAAAAACAUCCCUGGAGCAAAGCAGAAAGUUACGAGAUUUACGUUCUGUUAGGCUGGAUAUGUUCUAUGAAAUGCACAUAUUUUUCAGGCACCUACCCAUUGUCUCAUUAGGAAACGCUUUGUGAUAUAGGGCAAGUUGCCUAAGGAGGUCCUGGAUCCAUGAGGCCCGUCUUCUGAAGCUACCUUGGGGUUAUGUGUCUCUCGUUCAGAGCCUGCUCAGACGGUGCCAGGGUUCACCACCUGGGUACUCGUAUCGAUGAUUCAAACUGUGUUGCCGACAGCACAUCCUUGUAACCUCUGGGAUCUCGCCACCGCAUUCAAAGGAUGCUCAGUAGACGCAGACUUGGGAAAGCCUUCCGGAAACGGGAAGAAAACCGCUGUUUGGGAUUUACUGUAAUGUUGUGAUCUUGCUGGAUCAGAUUUUGCAGCUUAGGCUAUCCAUCCAUUCCCAAGGCUUUGUCUACAUGCCUUCUGAUAUGCAGAAGGCCUUCACUAUGGGGAGGAAAUGACCCUUAAUUGAAGGAGCUGUAUUUCAGUAUCACUCACCGAUGGCAUUGGGUCUGUCAGAGUGGAAUUUCCUAGAGAGACUGCACCAGAAUUUCCUAGAAAUAUUUCUUUUCUAAGUACUCAUUUGAUUUAGAGUUCUCCGACAUUCUCAUUUUCUGUAUUUAAAUGAAUUGGGUUCCCAAUUCAUUUAAUCCCUUUCCUGAAGCAGGAUACAUAACGGCGUAUUUAUUUGCAAACUGUAGAGCUUUCCCAAUUUAUUUGCAUUGGAAUAAGAUCCGAGCCAGUCUUGAUUGAGGAUAGAGCAUAUCGUAGCUCCUGUCUCAGCUACUGUGUGCGUAUUAUUUUAUCCUGUCACUUUAACUUGUAAGAUUUGUAGAGGGGCUACACUAGAUAGGAAAAGAAUAAGUGGGUCCCCUUUUAUGAGAUCUACAUUAGAUUAUUAUUCUUACUAUUGUUAUGGUAUUGUUGGUCUGCCUCCCACCCACCCACCCUAAGAAAAAAACUCAAAUCAUGAAGGUGGUGAGAAUUCCUACUGUCAUGGUUUAAAGUACUGAUAUCAACUUUCUCCCUAUGAAAUGAAAGACCAACAAACUAUUAUUAAUGUUAGCUCCAAGGCCCACCCAACAGUUCCUUUUAGUGGGAACUUCAUUAAACCUGAUAUCAAUCUUACAGACUGUCCUGGACCCACAAUUCCUUUGUUUUCCAGAAUUUUGAGCCGCUCGGACCCCACUCAUAACAUCCUCCCAUGUAUCUACAUUUGGUUGAAUCUGCCUGUGCAGAGUAAUGAGGCACUUUGUGGGAUUAAAGAAAAAACAAAACUGGACAAGUUUCGAUAUUUGCAAGCGGCGGUAUUCUUAGGAAAAAAACAACUCCCUCACUUCUCCCUCCUAAUUAAACG